GCUUCCCUGGGAGAAGAUUCGUCAGACAGCAUCACCAGAGAAGGUUGAAUUUUGAGCUACUCCAGAAGUAACAAUGGUCAACCGACUUGUCGUUUUCGCUGCCGCGAUUAUUUUAAUCGUCGCCAAUUUUGAGAAUGUGGUAGCUGGUGGAAGCUGCCAGAGUUACGGACAUUCCUGCCUCGGUGGGCAUGGUAAGAGAAAUGGUGAACCGCCCUUCGGCCUACAUCUCUUGUUACAGCAAGCUCUUCGAGCCCGAAAUGAACUGCCUGGAAAUGCGGUUGCCGAAAUGAAUUACCCUGCGGUUGCCGAUCGUACUGCUUAUGAUUUCAUGAGAGGUUUCACCAACGGUGUAAAAGCUUUGGAAGAAAAGGCGAAGUGAAUCCAGUUGAAUGUUUUUCUCUCUUUCUACAAUCAGAAUUUGGCCCCACAUGUUUAAAAAAUCAUUUCCUUAAAUCAUAUCUCUAAUAAAGCAUCCCAGCAUAGUA